AUGGCUUCAAAUAAUCGUAAUCGUCAAGAUAAUAAUAAGCGUUCGAAUAGAAAAAAAAACUUUUCGAAUAAUAAUUUAAAUAAUGAUUUGAGUGAAGAGAGGGAACAUACUGCGAUUACUCCGUAUGGACCGUCAAAUGCUAAUACAAGUAUUUCAAAUAUCGAUGGUAAUUCUUAUCCCAAUGAAAGUUCAGCAAUUACUGCUGUUCGUGAUGAAUCUAACAAACGUAACUCCCAUUUAAAUGAAAGUUCAGGAAUUACUACGAUGCGUGAUGAGUUUAAGCGUUCUAAUAGAAAAAGCAAAAACAAGCUAAACGAUGAUAGAAAUAAUGAGUUAAAUGAUGGUAGAGAACGUGAUGCAGUUACACCCAACAUUUCAAAUGACGGAGUUGGUUCUCAAUCAACAAACACUGCGAUGCGUAACAAGUCUAAUAAUAGACGUUCAAAUAAAAAAAGAUUUCCGAAUAAUGAAAAUGAUCAAAAUGAAGAUAAAGACCAUAUUGCAACUACACAGCUUGAUUCUAAUUUUUUAAGUCAUGAGCUAAAUGAUAAUGGAAAUAAUCAGUUAAAUGAAGAGAGGGAAA